GGUGUCAACCGCGCCGCUUCAAUUCUGCCAACCUCUCCUCGUUUCAUUCUGUGCCGCGGUCUACCACUCAAAACCAUAAAGAAGUCAGGCUGAAACCACCUGCGUAAGCACUUUGACGUUCAGCCGUUUUCCGGAAAAAGCGCUCAAAGUGUUAUGGAGGACUUUUCCCCGCCAACUUGAAACCUUAUGCAGAUGUGGGCUGUAGGACAAACGUGCUCGAUGUAGCCUGUUCUACGUUAUUUUCCAGAUUCGGCCAGCACGGUCAAGCUGGGGGGAGAAGCGCUGCUUUCAACCUUGAUCCGUUAACGAGCUAUUGAUAUGAAUCUUGUAAAACGAUGGAGGCUGAGCAAUGGAAUUAAAAUGGACUCAGACGAACAGCGGUUCAAAGCCGUUGAAACCAUAAAUCUCAUACAUACAGUCUCAACAGAAAAACUUUAAGAUGAUACACCGGACGUCGUCGUCGCGCAAGAGACGGGGCUCGCGUAGCGCGGCGACGUCACCGCACCGGGGCAGCCCGGGGACGGGGGCGCGGAGGCCGAGCAUGAUGGUGGGUGGGGGCGGCGGCCUCGGCCUCCUCGACCCCGCCGCCGCCUCGCCGCCGCCGGGUGCAGCACGCGGCCGCCGCGCUAGCAUCGCCAUUGGGUCGACCGGCGACCUGGCCGGCAUCACUGUCACUGCCGCCCCCGCAGACGAUGAUGGCCGCCUCGUCACCGCCCCCACCCACGUCGACUCUGAUCCCGAGCAGGACGACAACUGCCUCAUGCCCGAGCUUGCUGUCUACAACAGGAGUCCCAGGGGCAGCCUCGUACCACAGGAGUCCAACCGGAGUCCCCGGAACAGCCUGACACCUGACGCAGCCGGCUACAACAGAAGUCCCAGAAACAGCUUAGUGCCCGACACGUACAGUCGAAGCCCACGUAAUUCACUGGUGCCUGACAUAUCCUCGAGUGGUGGUGGAGGGGGGAAUCGCAGUGCCAGGAACAGUCUGGUACCCACCGAGUAUAGCCGGAGUCCGAGGGGAAGUCUGCUACCGGAUGUAGAGAGUUUCAGUCGCACGUCGAGAAGUAAUCUACUUCCGGAACCACCGGAUUCCUAUAGUCGUAGCCCGAGAAACAGUCUAGUACCUGAUUAUAAUUCUUCAUCUCGGAGUGCAAGGAAUAGUUUGGUCCCUGAUAUCAGUCCGAGCAGAUCGCAGAGGAACAGCCUCAUCCCCGACCAACCCAUCAACAAAAGUCCGAGGGGCAGUUUGGUGCCUGAAGCGGGUGCAACGAGGAGUCCGCGGGGAAGCCUGGUUCCUGAGCCGACCCCCAACCGAAGUCCGCGAGGAAGUCUGGUGCCGGAGCCUGGGAACAACAUCAACCGAUCUAGUCCACGAGGGAGUAUCACCUCGGAGGUGUCCUUCAACAAGAGUCCCCGCAACAGUUUGCCACUGCAGGACAGCGCCUCGAUUCGCAGUCCACGAGGAAGCAUCACAUCGGCGGCAGGCGCCCUUAUCGACACAACCAGGAGUCCCAGAGGCAGCAUAGACAUUGUCGCGCCAGGUACAUCGAGAGGAGGAGUUAACCGCAGUCCAUCGCCUUACAGAAAAUCAACGAGGAGUGCCAAUGUGAACAAUGCUGUUGAAGGUGGAUCGAGAAGAGCAAGCAGUAGUGUUAGCCAGCUGGUUCUGUUGCAGGCGUCUGCAGACGACCGCAGACAGCUGUGCGGCGAACACACCAAGCUCAACUCGGAUGCGGGCCUUGGCCUCUCCGCAUACGGCUCGGUCGUCUACCAGCUCAACCACGCCAACAUGGAGUCUUCCGGCCUCUGCGACUUCGUAUGCAGGGCCCUGCACAUCGUCUAUAGGACAGGAGUAGUUUUCAUUGUAUUGGGCUGUCUGUUCACCCUUCCCGUAGCAAUGUUCAUUAUAGGUAUCCAGUACGCAAAAGACUGUCCAAAAGAGCCUAUACUGCCGGUGUACAUGAUCGUGGGUGGCGGGUUCGGCACCAUCAAGAUGCUGUGGAUGCUGUGGAACCAGUACCGGUCGAUGACCUACGAGCGUCUCGACGCCAGAAGUCGAUCCUCGGGAUCCAGCGGCGACGACCCCAUCUCGACCGGAGGCAAGAUCACCAACUUCCUCCUCACCACCUUCCUGAUGGUGUGGUUCGUGAUGGGUAACGUGUGGAUUUGGGGCAUGGGCUGGCCUGACUUCAAACCCACCCUGCUGGACCCCAACAGCUGGUGCGACAAGACGCUCUUCCUCUUCGCCUUGACGCAUCUCGUCGUGCUCUAUUCACUCAUCGGCGUCGUCAUCAUAGUCAUCAUCGUGCUCAUUGCCAGUCAGGUGUGUGUGUGUCCCAUGCUUAUACACUGCAAGUGAUCGGCGACUGUUGCGCUCUAACGGUUCUGUGCGGAGUUACGUCAACGUUUGUGUAAAGUAAGUGAUUUAAUUGGAGUUUUGCCAAAGAUUAGUCAGUGAUUUAAUCGUUGGUUUUGCCAAGCUUCAGUCAAAGAUGUAAUCGAGAAUUUUGCCAAGGUUUAGUCAGUGGUUUAAUUGUGAGUUUUGCAAAGGUUUAGUCAGUAAUUCGAUUGUGAGUUUUGCCAAGAUUCAGCCAGUGGUUUAAUAGUGAAUUUUGCCAGUUAUUGAAUCGUGAGUUCUGCUAAGGUAUGAAAUUUGGUAUAAGGUUAGAAGAAGAAGUCUCGCCAAAAUUUAAUCAGUGAUUUGAUUGUAAGUUUUGCCAAGGUAGAACUUGCUUGAAAAUGAUCUACAAAGGUACUACUGAAGAAGUUUUGCCAAGAUCUAGCCAGUGAUUUCAUUGUGAGUUUUGCCAAGGUAUAAGUUGGUAGAAGGUUGAAAAUGGUAAUAUGUUGAUCCGCAAAGGUGUGAGAAAAGAUUUGGAGAAAAGUGCGAUCUACAAAGGUACCACUGAUGAAGUUAUGCCAGGAUUUAUUUAAUAAUUUGAUUGUGAGUUCUGCUAAUGUAUAAGUCGGUAGGGUGUUGAAAACGGUUGGUUAUGAUGAUCUGCAAAGGUAUAAAUUGGAAAAAGGGCGAUACACAAAAGUACUACUGAGAAAACUCGUACCAUUCGGAUUGUGGUGUGAGAGUAUGGUUAUUAACAAAGGUAUGAUUUUGGAGAAAAGUUCGAUUUGCAGAGGUAAAAAUCUUGAAGUUUGUACCCUGAACGUUCGAGUUAUACCAGGGAUGAUUGUGGUAUAAGAGUACGGUGAUCUACAAAGGUAUGAUUUUUGGAGAAAAGUGCAAUACGCUACAGUAUUAUUUAUUGUGGAAAAUUGUACCAACAACGUUUGAAAUUUUCAAAGGUGAGAAUCUGGAGAGAAGUCCUAUCUGCAAAAAUUGAAAUCUUUAAAUUUUUACCUACAACAUUCGAAUUAUGCCAGGGAUGAUUGUGGUGUAAUCCUAUCAUGAUCCACAAUAAAUUGUAUAAUGUUUAAAAAAGGUGAGUUACGUUGAAGUAUUAUUUAUAGUAGAAAGUUGUACAUGCAGCGUUUGAUUUUUUCAAGAAUGAUCGAAGUUUGAUAUUAUGCUAUAUAGUAAGCUAUACUGCAAACGUACGAUUGUGGAGCGUUAUGCAACACUAAAAUACAGAGUCAGUAUUUUAUCAUUGACUCAUUCAUAGAGUUUUUUAAAGGUUUGCUUGUGAUACAAUGCAUGAUCUGUUGAUGUAAAACAGGAGUAUGUUAUGCUUCAACAUUUGAAUUAGUUAUGAUUGCGGUGUGAAAGUAUGGUGUUUGUUGUACGGUGUAUGAUUGUGAUUGCUAAGGUAUGAUUGUGAUUGCUAAGGUAUGAUUGUGAUUGCUAAGGUAUGAUUGUGAUUGCUAAGGUAUGAUUGUGAUUGCCAAGGUAUGAUUGUGAUUGCUAAGGUAUGAUUGUGAUUGCUAAGGUAUGAUUGUAAUAUGUUGAACCUGUAAGGCUUGAAUUCUGCUACCGAUUGAAUUAUCAUGAGUUCUCCCAUGAUAACAUUGCGGAAUGAAUGUAAGUAAUGGUGAAUCGUAUAGAGCCGCUGUUCUGGGCCAUUGCAAAGGCAACAUAUUACAUGGGUUACAGUAAUAUGGUUCUACA